CCAUUAGUUAAAAGUUUAUAUAUAUAAGAUUAGAAAAUGUUGAAAAAUACUACAAAAAAACAAUAUUUUUUAAAAGUUUCUUCGAAACAGAUUGAACACGACAUGUAAAGAAUAUUAUUAAAGUUUAAGAAAAUAAAUCCCAUGUUGUUUGACACUUCCUGUAGGUAUUCUGACUUGGAUCUUCAGCAGACAAAAUAUAAUGCGGGGCUUCCUGGUGCUUCUCCUGGUGAGCUUCUCACGAGGAAGCUCGAUUGACAGACAUCGUCGGGAGCUUCUUGGUAACCUCAAUGCUUUAGAGUCGUCACUGGACGGGUACCUGCCACCAGCACCACCAACACCCAAGCCCUGCCAGCCGUCUACCAUCUACAACACAAAGGUACAAUACUCCACUGUGGUGAUUCCCUCUACCGUCUACAACACCAACGUGCAGUAUGUCACGCAGACAGACGUGCGGACAAAUCCCGUCUACACGACUAUCUUCUCGGAAAUCAUCCGUACACAAGUGGUUCCUUCUGUCCAGUACAAGACAGUCAUCAUCACCCAAACCAAGGAAAACUAUCGCACGCAGGUUAUCACUCUGCCUCCCCAGGUCUACUACGUCACUAAAACGCAACAAGACGUGAGGACGCAAGUUCAGUACCAGACUGUUUAUACGACUCGCAUCCAGCAAGUACCAACAACAAUCGUCAGGAACGUGGUCUCGACAUUAGUGGUUCCUCAACAGGUAGUCAGCACCAUUUACAAGACCCAGUAUGUGACCAGAACUCAGCAGCUACCAGGACAGACUCGCACAAUCUACAACACCCAGUACAGUACCAUCUACUCCACAGUGGUGAUACCCGCUCAGGACGUGGUCAAAACGACUGAGGUCGUCCGCACCAACGUGGUCGUUCAGACCAUCACACAGCCAGGUCAGACACAGGUAAUAUACUCCACAGUGGUGGUUCCCGUCACCACCACCAUCUACACCGAAGUGGUGAUCCCCAACACCCAGAUACAGUACUUGACACGGACCCAAGUACAACAGGUGGUCUCCACGUACGUACGCACGCAACAGGUGCCGCAGUACGUUACCAGGACCGUGACAGUACCACAACAAGUAGUGAGUACCGUGGUAUCAACACAGGUGGUGCCCACCACCAUCUACAGCAAACUUGUGGUACCAACGGUAGAAUACCUGCCGGCCCAGACCCAGUACCAGACCGUCUAUGAAACAAUUGCAAAAACCCAGCAGCUUCCCGGCCAGACCAGAACCCAGUACCAGACCAGAGUGGUCUACAACACCAACUACGUCACUUCCACCGUGUAUAAAGACCAGGUCUACACUGUAACAUCUACCACCAGCUACCAGCCAAACUGCAACACCGGCUACAACUACCCUCCACCUGCUAAACCUUUCGACCCAUACGGUCGCUAAUAUUUAAAGAAUAAUCCUAAAAUUCUGAGAUUAAAUGAAAGGAAAUGCAACAAAAAAAUAUCGAUAGUCUCUACACAUCCAUGUUAAUGAUUUUGAAAUGAGCGAAAUGUUGGGAAAAUGUGAUAAAUUUUCCUUAUCAUUCGAGUGGGUGUUAUUAAAUGCACAUAAUUGUUACUUUAAAUAAAAAUUAUGAUUUAAA